AUGUUUGACACGGUCUGCACCCUACCGCUCUCGGCGGACUUGUUCAGCCAGGCCCUCCACCCGAAGGAACCCGUGGUGUCCGUCGGCCUUGCGACAGGUCACGUCCAGACCUUCCGACUGCCCGUGGAAGAGAGUGACAAUGAAGGCGAUGCUGCGUUGAAUACAUCCUUGCGCAAUGGGAAAGGUCACAUCGAUACCAUGUGGAGGACGCGGCGGCACAAGGGCAGCUGCCGCACUCUUGGCUUCGGCAUUGACGGCGAGACGCUGUACUCUGCGGGUACGGACGGCCUGGUGAAGGCUGCCAAUUCGGAGUCUGGCCAGGUGCAAAACAAGAUUGCCAUCCCAUUCGAGAAGGACGGAUCUAUCGAUGCGCCGACCGUCAUUCACGCCCUCUCCCCUCAGACCCUGCUACUCGCUACGGACUCCAGUGCUUUGCACCUCUAUGACCUGCGAAUCCCUUACUCCAAGGUAUCGGCACGCCCGGAGCAGUCGCACCACCCUCAUGACGACUACGUCUCCUCUUUGACCCCUCUUCCGGCCUCCGAUACCAGUACCUCCGGCUUCAGCAAGCAAUGGGUCACCACGGGCGGUACAACCUUGGCCGUGACGGAUCUACGACGGGGUGUCAUGGUGCGCAGCGAAGAUCAGGCCGAGGAAUUGAUCAGUUCAGCGUACAUAGGUGGCCUACCGAGCAGCGGAACCAGCCGCGGUGAGAAGGUUAUUGUGGGCGGUGCCGGCGGCGUCCUGACACUUUGGGAGAAGGGUGUGUGGGAUGACCAGGACGAGCGCAUCUACGUCUCGCGCGAUGCGGAGGGCGGCGAGUCCAUUGAGACCAUGGCGACCGUGCCGGAUGAGCUGGGCUACGGCAAGCUGCUCGCGACCGGUCUCGGCAAUGGCAUGGUGAAGCUUGUGCGCAUCGGUGCCAAUAAGGUUGUCUCGGAGGUGAUGCACGACGAAACCGAGGGUGUUGUGGGCUUGGGCUUUGACGUUGAGGGCCGCAUGGUCUCUGGCGGUGGACAAAUCGUCAAGGUCUGGCACGAGGCUGCGGCCUCUGGGGGUGCUGCAGAUGGUAUGGCAGGUGGUAAGCAUGGCCUGGGAGAUAGCGACGACAGCGAGGAUGAUUCCGAUAGUGAGCAGGAGAAGCAGCAGGACAAGAAUGAGCGCAAGAAGCGAAAGAAGGCCAAGGGCAAGGACCGCGGACAGCAUGUCAUGGCCUUUACCGACCUGGACUGA